AUGAGGACUCUGGAUGAAUACGGAUUCAGUGGCAUGGGGGUGGUUAAUCGGUCCUACUUUGUUGGAAUGGAGAAGGGAGUCGGUUACCGGAUGUACUUCACCUAUUACUCCCAAUUCGGCCGAAAUGACAGCAUAUUAUCGGACACCGAAGCUGCCAUCAUAACUCUCCUCUUCUUGAUCGCAGUGUUCGGUAACUCUAUCAUUCUCGUGGAGGUAAUUAGGAAGUGUCCCAGCAAGACUACUGAAUAUUUCAUCGGUAACCUGGCCUUCUCUGACAAUCUGUUUGUGCUGACAGCCCCCUUUAUUGCCGUCACCCGGAUCACACGUACCUGGGACUUUGGCUAUUUUGUGUGUCACGGCGUUAUGUAUGUGCUGUUUGCAUGUGGCGGGGUUUCCAUAUGGACAAUGGCCAUCAUCAGUAUAGACAGGUAUCUAAGGAUUGUGAAGAACCGCGUGCGGCCUUUUAGCCCCCGCGCUGUUAAACUCGUCAUAGCAGUUACCUGGUUUAUUUGUCUUCUGACUUUUCUACCUAUUGCAAUAUUUUUCCAACUGAGAACUUUCAGAUUUGGUCACUCUAAUGUUACAAUAUGCACUCUUGUGUGGCCCAAAGAGCGUGUGCGCAUCUCUGCAAUAUUCGUGCCUUAUGUGCUAAUGGCAGGCUUCAUCAUUCCCCUGAUACUAAUGUGCUUUAACUACUUUUGCAUUUUUCGAAAAUUCUGGAAAUCUCGUAAAGCUGUGCGUCCAUCUCAGCUCCGCAGUAUUUCUGGCCGAUGGGCAGUCCAAAGACGACCCGGAAACACGCUUAACCUAGUGCGGACGCGCAAACGACAAGAGCGUGACUUCCGCGUAGUGAGAAUGUUGCUGUUAUUGGUCGGUUUGUUUGUGGUAAUGUGGUCACCGGUGUUCGUCUGCCUUACUGGGGUUCAGUUGGAUGGCUUGAGCAAUCACAUGACAAUGCAUUCGGAGUAUAUUGUGGCCGCGACCAGUAUCGCCUACAUGAACUGUUGCAUUAAUCCUGUAAUUUACGGUUUAAUUAACAGAACGUUGGUGGCUGGUAUGUGGAAAUAUUUGCGAUGUUUGUCACUUAGGACACAGAGAGGCCACAACGAGAGUGUGAACUCGAUCAGUGGCGGACCCGCCAGAAACAAUGACAUAUGA